UGAGUUUUCCGCACGUCUUUCGGGAGAAAUCGUCUGUUACAUCCUCGGGUCAGCCCAGAGUGACCCCGCUACCACCUCGUCUCAACGGUAGUGUCGAUUGACCAUAAGCCCAGAAUCCUCAAGUGGCGUUCCUCCGGCACAGAGGCGUGUAGCUACACUGACUUAUUAUCGUGUUCCUCACCGCGGAGAUAAAAGCAGUCCGGGACCCAGCCCUGACGGACAGCCUUCGUGUUGUCUCUGCCCGUUCGAUAAUAUUUCGACUUUAAACUUUGGCGUGCCCGAGUCGGGAUAGCCGGACCACACAGGGCAGCUGGUACUCUCUUAAGCUUGGUGUUGCCCCGGUCUCUUGGUAGCCUGGACUGGUCAUGUCGAUCGAUUUCUGCUUUUUGAGGUCUCUCACAAAGAUCGACAACGGUGUUUUCCCAUCCUAAACUUGAACGACGACCACGCCGACAACGCCGCCGCGAUGAAGCUGUCCCGUGUUGGGGCCAGGCUGUUAGCUGUUGCCACGACGUUCGUCCCGGUGGUGGUGUUGGCUUGCGACGGUUGCUUCGGUCCCAUUGAGGAGCAUGCUUCGAAGCAUGUGCGUGUCGUGAAACGCAUGCAACCUGGGGCGCUGGAUGCGAGCUAUGGUCCUACAAGGCCGUUGCAAUGGGGGCAGUUGAAUGUGUUGCAUACAUUACAACAAAGGAUACUGUAUGGGUCUCUGCUCACACGUCAAAACCAGUCCGAUACUCACGGAUGGCUAUCCGGCCACAUCAAGGAGGCGAAUUAUGGCGCAGACUGGGGUGACUAUGUCUCGUUUGUGGCAAGCAUGAAAAGGACGGCCGAAGACCUCAAGGUGGACCUACUUCUUGUAGACUCUGGAGAUCUUCAUGAUGGCACUGGCUUGAGUGACUCUACUACACCAAAUGGAGAGAUAUCGAAUGAGAUCUUUGUCCAGCAGACCGGAUAUGAUUUGCUGACUCUUGGUAACCAUGAGUUGUAUGCCUCCGAAGUGGCCUACCAGACAUUCAACAAUUUUAGCAGGGCCUGGGGUGACAAGUACUUGACUUCCAAUGUAGAAAUCAUGAACCCUGACACUCAGGAGUGGGAGCACAUUGGAAAGACGCACAAGUACUUUACUACAAAACAUGGCCUUCGCAUCAUGGCUUUCGGUGUUCUCUUUGACUUCACUGCCAAUACAAAUGCCUCACGGAUCACCAAGGCGGCGGAUAUGAUCAAGCAGGACUGGUUCCAGCAAGCGGUUCAUCAUCCCAAACCUAUUGAUGUCUUCGUUGUUCUUGGCCACAACUCAGCACGUCCUGGACGCCAGGCCAGUACCUUGAAGACUGUCUACUCUGCCAUUCGGGAGGCCCAUCCUGACACUCCGAUUCAGAUAUUUGGUGGGCAUAGUCACAUGCGGGACUUUGUUGUCUAUGACCAAAGCUCUACCGCUUUUGAAUCUGGUCGAUACUGCGAAUCUCUUGGUUGGUUUUCCAUGUCGGGCUUCAACUCUUCCAACAGCGGUUUUACUGGCCCUCUCAACCCCAAAGGCGUCCCCAACCCCAACCGAACGGCCGUUGUCGCCAACCCAGUGAACCCUACCCCCAUCGACAAGAGGAGUAAGCAAAAAACCUCUCCCUUCCUCUACUCCCGUCGGUAUCUCGACUGGAACCGUCUUACCUUUGACUAUCACGCCCCCGGCUCGCAGUUCCUCCACAACGACAUUCUCUCCCGCCCCAACUUCAUCUCCUCCCCCUCUAGCUCAUCUAACAGCUCAUCCCAGCUGAAACAACUCGGUGCUCAAAUCUCGUCUAGUAUCACAUCCUACCGCCAUCAAUUGGGCUUGGGAAAGGUAUAUGGGUGCACGCCACAGACGUUUUGGGUGACCGGGGCGCCGUUCAUGGCGCCGAACUCGAUGUACACCUUUUUGGCGGACGCAAUGGCCCAUCAGAUUCUGAACCCAAAGAGGGCAAAGGUUCCGAGGGUUCAUAUCAGCAAUACGGGAAUGGCGAGAUUUGACUUGCACAAGGGACCGUUCACGAUGGAUGAUAGUUAUAUCACUUCGCCGUUUCCCAGCUUGGUGGUGUAUAUUCCCGAGGUGCCGUGGGAAAUGGCGAGGGGGGUGCUGGAGCGGAUGAAUAAGAAGGGCGCGGGGCAGGGAAGGAGGGUUGAGUAUAAUACCACGUCUGUCGGUGACCCCAAGGGAAAGAGAGAAUUUGGGGUCUGGCAAGGAGAGGAGUGUGUCAACCCACCGAUAGAACAGUUUGGAGCUAUGGGGAAGAGAAUGGUCUUGGGGAAGAGGGUAGAAAUUAUGGGGGGUGCCGGUGGGUAA